AAGUAGUAGAAAGGGAUUUUGCUUUACAAAAUGAAAGUAUGAAAAUUACAAAUACUUUAUAUUAUUGUGCUGAUUAUCUUAAAGGUUGUUCUUAUUUUGCUACAAAACAUUCAUCUGAACAAAUACAAAAUAUUAUCAAUUUGGCUAUGUUUUCAAUCUCAAAAAAACAUGUAGCAGUGUCUUAUGCAGAAGAUGACAAUAAUGAUAGUGCAAUUUUAACAACAUCAACUCAUUCCACUAAUUUAUUAUUUGUCUCUAAUGAUAUUUUAUCCUCUUUAAAAAACAAACAACAUUAUCACAAUAUGUUGACUCUUGUUACCAAAAAUGAUGCAGCCUUAGAUGACGAUUUGAAGCUUUCACCUAAGAUUAAAGUUGUUGUUAAUCAUGAUUCUUUUUGGAAUUCUCUUGCAAUAUUAUCUUUUGAAGAAGCUGAUGAUGAUGAUAUAAAUAAAGAUAUUUCUUUAGAAGCCAAUUGGAAUGCUUUUGAAGAGCAGGAUAAUCUUAAUAAUAUAGCAAUAGAUUUUCUUAAUUUGGAAACCCAUUCUGCUGAAAAUCAAGCUGCGAA